AAUAACUGUCAUUUUGCAGAAAGAGACGAAAGCAGGAGGGGGGCAGCGUUCUGAAAUGCCGACUUGCGGGCGUGUGUGACAUUUUGAUGUAGAGUGUCUUUGAUGAUUUUCGUCAUGUAUUGAUUUAAUACAUAGAUAUUUCCGAAAAAAGAAGAUGGAUGUCGCAGUGAUAGAAGUCCUUCAACAAGCGGGUAGUCAGGAUCCCACUAUUUUGAAACCAGCUGAACAAACUCUAAAACAAUGGGAAACUGAAAGGGGAUUCUACACUGCGUUAUAUAAUGUGUUUUCUAAUCAUUCCUUGAGUAUCAAUAUUAGAUGGAUGGCUAUUUUAUGUUUCAAAAAUGGUGUUGAUAAAUAUUGGAGAAAAAAUGCUCCAAAUGGAAUUGCAGAUGACAAAAAGGAAUUUCUUAGACAACGUUUAAUAGUAAACUUUGAAGAACCUGUAAAUCAGUUAGCUAUCCAAUUGGCAGCUCUCAUUGCUAAAAUUGCAAGAUAUGAUUGGCCUAGAGAAUGGCGCUCAUUAAUUCCAACCUUAUUGGAUGUUAUAAGAGGACAAAAUCCUUUGGCCCAGCAUCGGGCACUGUUAAUAUUACAUCAUGUUGUUAAGUGUUUAGCCUCUAAACGUUUAGUUCCUGGCAGACGACUCUUCCAAGAAUUAACCAGUAGUGUGUUCAGUUUUAUUCUGAAUGUGUGGAAUACUUACACAGAAUCUUUUCUUAUAAUGGCAUCAAAUGGGGCAGACACAAAUCAGAUACAGGAAGCUUUGGAAAAAGCGUUACUUCUAUUGAGAAUUCUUAGAACACUUAUUGUAAAUGGGUUUAAUAAGCCUUCAGAAUCCCAUGAUGCUAUGUCAUUCUUGGAAAUUGUUUUUGAACGUGCAAGAACUUGUCUUGAAUGUCGAAAGACAUUAAUUUCAAGAGGUAUACAGAUGGAAGUAUGCGAUAAAUUUAUAAUUCAUUUAACUAAAGUAUUAAUAGGAGUAUUAGAAAUGCAUCCAUUUUGCUAUGUAGAACUAAUACCAACAUCAUUAGAAUUUUCUGUUUUUUAUUGUUUCACUGAAGCUGGUCAAGCCCUAGCUUUUGAAAGAUUUGUUAUACAGUGUUUAAAUUUAAUGAAAGGCAUUUUAUUAUCUACAUACUAUAAACCAGCUAAAGUUCUCAAAGAUACGAAAAAUCCUUUAACGUUGAGAGCAAAUCAAUUGAGACAAGAAUUUUUUACACCUGAAACAUUAGCAGAAAUUUGUUCAAGGCUGGUAACACAUUAUUUUCUUUUAACACCUGCUGAAUUGGAAUUAUGGGAUACAGAUCCAGAAAGUUUUGUUGUCGAUGAUGGCGGUGAAUCAUGGAAAUAUAGCUUAAGGCCUUGUACGGAGUGUCUGUUUGUAGUAAUUUUCCAUCAUUUUGGAGAAGUUCUUGUACCAGUUUUAGUUGAAUUAAUGCAAAGACAUCAUCAACCAGUUGACCCGAAUAAUUUGCAUGCUAUUCUAGUAAAAGAUGCAGUAUAUAAUGCAGUUGGUUUGGCUGCAUUUGAUUUAUACGAUGAGGUAAAUUUUGAUCAAUGGUUUUCAACUACCUUAAAAGAAGAGUUGAAAAUUCGAAGUAACAAUUAUAGAAUUAUUAGAAGACGAGUAUGUUGGCUUAUUGGGCGCUGGACAACUGUUAAGUUAAGUACAGAGUUAAGACCAGAAUUAUACAAACUUAUGGUUGAAGUUUUGAGUCCUGAAGAAGAUCUGGGUGUUCGCUUAGCAGCAAGCGAUGCUUUAAAACUUGCGAUAGAUGAUUUUCAAUUUAAUCCGGAAGAAUUCUCGCCAUAUUUAGAACCAGCAUUCUCUUUAUUAUUUUCGCUCCUAAAAGAAGUAAAAGAAUGUGAUACCAAGAUGUAUGUGUUAUACGUGUUAUCAUUUAUGAUUGAACAUGCUGGUAGUGAAAUAAACCCACUUGUUGGAGCCCUCAGUUCAUAUUUGCCAGCACUUUGGCAAGAAUGUGAAGAACAUAAUAUGCUAAGAUGUGCUAUAAUUUCAACACUUGUACAUCUGGAAAAGGCUUUAGGUUCUGAAAGCGUCCUUAUAGAACCACAAGUAGUAGGUGUUAUUGCAUUAAGUUGUGACGUCAAUCAAAAUUGUCACGUUUAUUUGUUAGAAGAUGGCUUGCGAUUACGGUCAGCUUUACUGCAAAAUGCAGCUGCACCAACAUUGGCUAUAACGGAACUGACUAAAAAUUUGCCUGCUGUAUUAGAAAAAUCAUUUGAACAUUUAAAAUUAUGUUUGUAUAUAGUUCAAGCAUAUGUAAUAUUAAGUCCCCAAGAAUUUUUAAGUCAAAGAGGAGCGAUUAUAAUCGAAACACUUAGGCCACUUUUAGGAGAUUUGAACUCGGAAGGAGUUGUAAUGAUAAUGACAGUGUUUGAAAUGUGUUUAUGUGCUUCACCUCGGCAAAGUGCAAAACUUAUUAAACCUGUUUUGAUAACUAUAUUUGAGAAGAUGGAUGUCGCAGUGAUAGAAGUCCUUCAACAAGCGGGUAGUCAGGAUCCCACUAUUUUGAAACCAGCUGAACAAACUCUAAAACAAUGGGAAACUGAAAGGGGAUUCUACACUGCGUUAUAUAAUGUGUUUUCUAAUCAUUCCUUGAGUAUCAAUAUUAGAUGGAUGGCUAUUUUAUGUUUCAAAAAUGGUGUUGAUAAAUAUUGGAGAAAAAAUGCUCCAAAUGGAAUUGCAGAUGACAAAAAGGAAUUUCUUAGACAACGUUUAAUAGUAAACUUUGAAGAACCUGUAAAUCAGUUAGCUAUCCAAUUGGCAGCUCUCAUUGCUAAAAUUGCAAGAUAUGAUUGGCCUAGAGAAUGGCGCUCAUUAAUUCCAACCUUAUUGGAUGUUAUAAGAGGACAAAAUCCUUUGGCCCAGCAUCGGGCACUGUUAAUAUUACAUCAUGUUGUUAAGUGUUUAGCCUCUAAACGUUUAGUUCCUGGCAGACGACUCUUCCAAGAAUUAACCAGUAGUGUGUUCAGUUUUAUUCUGAAUGUGUGGAAUACUUACACAGAAUCUUUUCUUAUAAUGGCAUCAAAUGGGGCAGACACAAAUCAGAUACAGGAAGCUUUGGAAAAAGCGUUACUUCUAUUGAGAAUUCUUAGAACACUUAUUGUAAAUGGGUUUAAUAAGCCUUCAGAAUCCCAUGAUGCUAUGUCAUUCUUGGAAAUUGUUUUUGAACGUGCAAGAACUUGUCUUGAAUGUCGAAAGACAUUAAUUUCAAGAGGUAUACAGAUGGAAGUAUGCGAUAAAUUUAUAAUUCAUUUAACUAAAGUAUUAAUAGGAGUAUUAGAAAUGCAUCCAUUUUGCUAUGUAGAACUAAUACCAACAUCAUUAGAAUUUUCUGUUUUUUAUUGUUUCACUGAAGCUGGUCAAGCCCUAGCUUUUGAAAGAUUUGUUAUACAGUGUUUAAAUUUAAUGAAAGGCAUUUUAUUAUCUACAUACUAUAAACCAGCUAAAGUUCUCAAAGAUACGAAAAAUCCUUUAACGUUGAGAGCAAAUCAAUUGAGACAAGAAUUUUUUACACCUGAAACAUUAGCAGAAAUUUGUUCAAGGCUGGUAACACAUUAUUUUCUUUUAACACCUGCUGAAUUGGAAUUAUGGGAUACAGAUCCAGAAAGUUUUGUUGUCGAUGAUGGCGGUGAAUCAUGGAAAUAUAGCUUAAGGCCUUGUACGGAGUGUCUGUUUGUAGUAAUUUUCCAUCAUUUUGGAGAAGUUCUUGUACCAGUUUUAGUUGAAUUAAUGCAAAGACAUCAUCAACCAGUUGACCCGAAUAAUUUGCAUGCUAUUCUAGUAAAAGAUGCAGUAUAUAAUGCAGUUGGUUUGGCUGCAUUUGAUUUAUACGAUGAGGUAAAUUUUGAUCAAUGGUUUUCAACUACCUUAAAAGAAGAGUUGAAAAUUCGAAGUAACAAUUAUAGAAUUAUUAGAAGACGAGUAUGUUGGCUUAUUGGGCGCUGGACAACUGUUAAGUUAAGUACAGAGUUAAGACCAGAAUUAUACAAACUUAUGGUUGAAGUUUUGAGUCCUGAAGAAGAUCUGGGUGUUCGCUUAGCAGCAAGCGAUGCUUUAAAACUUGCGAUAGAUGAUUUUCAAUUUAAUCCGGAAGAAUUCUCGCCAUAUUUAGAACCAGCAUUCUCUUUAUUAUUUUCGCUCCUAAAAGAAGUAAAAGAAUGUGAUACCAAGAUGUAUGUGUUAUACGUGUUAUCAUUUAUGAUUGAACAUGCUGGUAGUGAAAUAAACCCACUUGUUGGAGCCCUCAGUUCAUAUUUGCCAGCACUUUGGCAAGAAUGUGAAGAACAUAAUAUGCUAAGAUGUGCUAUAAUUUCAACACUUGUACAUCUGGAAAAGGCUUUAGGUUCUGAAAGCGUCCUUAUAGAACCACAAGUAGUAGGUGUUAUUGCAUUAAGUUGUGACGUCAAUCAAAAUUGUCACGUUUAUUUGUUAGAAGAUGGCUUGCGAUUACGGUCAGCUUUACUGCAAAAUGCAGCUGCACCAACAUUGGCUAUAACGGAACUGACUAAAAAUUUGCCUGCUGUAUUAGAAAAAUCAUUUGAACAUUUAAAAUUAUGUUUGUAUAUAGUUCAAGCAUAUGUAAUAUUAAGUCCCCAAGAAUUUUUAAGUCAAAGAGGAGCGAUUAUAAUCGAAACACUUAGGCCACUUUUAGGAGAUUUGAACUCGGAAGGAGUUGUAAUGAUAAUGACAGUGUUUGAAAUGUGUUUAUGUGCUUCACCUCGGCAAAGUGCAAAACUUAUUAAACCUGUUUUGAUAACUAUAUUUGAGAAGAUGGAUGUCGCAGUGAUAGAAGUCCUUCAACAAGCGGGUAGUCAGGAUCCCACUAUUUUGAAACCAGCUGAACAAACUCUAAAACAAUGGGAAACUGAAAGGGGAUUCUACACUGCGUUAUAUAAUGUGUUUUCUAAUCAUUCCUUGAGUAUCAAUAUUAGAUGGAUGGCUAUUUUAUGUUUCAAAAAUGGUGUUGAUAAAUAUUGGAGAAAAAAUGCUCCAAAUGGAAUUGCAGAUGACAAAAAGGAAUUUCUUAGACAACGUUUAAUAGUAAACUUUGAAGAACCUGUAAAUCAGUUAGCUAUCCAAUUGGCAGCUCUCAUUGCUAAAAUUGCAAGAUAUGAUUGGCCUAGAGAAUGGCGCUCAUUAAUUCCAACCUUAUUGGAUGUUAUAAGAGAACAAAAUCCUUUGGCCCAGCAUCGGGCACUGUUAAUAUUACAUCAUGUUGUUAAGUGUUUAGCCUCUAAACGUUUAGUUCCUGGCAGACGACUCUUCCAAGAAUUAACCAGUAGUGUGUUCAGUUUUAUUCUGAAUGUGUGGAAUACUUACACAGAAUCUUUUCUUAUAAUGGCAUCAAAUGGGGCAGACACAAAUCAGAUACAGGAAGCUUUGGAAAAAGCGUUACUUCUAUUGAGAAUUCUUAGAACACUUAUUGUAAAUGGGUUUAAUAAGCCUUCAGAAUCCCAUGAUGCUAUGUCAUUCUUGGAAAUUGUUUUUGAACGUGCAAGAACUUGUCUUGAAUGUCGAAAGACAUUAAUUUCAAGAGGUAUACAGAUGGAAGUAUGCGAUAAAUUUAUAAUUCAUUUAACUAAAGUAUUAAUAGGAGUAUUAGAAAUGCAUCCAUUUUGCUAUGUAGAACUAAUACCAACAUCAUUAGAAUUUUCUGUUUUUUAUUGUUUCACUGAAGCUGGUCAAGCCCUAGCUUUUGAAAGAUUUGUUAUACAGUGUUUAAAUUUAAUGAAAGGCAUUUUAUUAUCUACAUACUAUAAACCAGCUAAAGUUCUCAAAGAUACGAAAAAUCCUUUAACGUUGAGAGCAAAUCAAUUGAGACAAGAAUUUUUUACACCUGAAACAUUAGCAGAAAUUUGUUCAAGGCUGGUAACACAUUAUUUUCUUUUAACACCUGCUGAAUUGGAAUUAUGGGAUACAGAUCCAGAAAGUUUUGUUGUCGAUGAUGGCGGUGAAUCAUGGAAAUAUAGCUUAAGGCCUUGUACGGAGUGUCUGUUUGUAGUAAUUUUCCAUCAUUUUGGAGAAGUUCUUGUACCAGUUUUAGUUGAAUUAAUGCAAAGACAUCAUCAACCAGUUGACCCGAAUAAUUUGCAUGCUAUUCUAGUAAAAGAUGCAGUAUAUAAUGCAGUUGGUUUGGCUGCAUUUGAUUUAUACGAUGAGGUAAAUUUUGAUCAAUGGUUUUCAACUACCUUAAAAGAAGAGUUGAAAAUUCGAAGUAACAAUUAUAGAAUUAUUAGAAGACGAGUAUGUUGGCUUAUUGGGCGCUGGACAACUGUUAAGUUAAGUACAGAGUUAAGACCAGAAUUAUACAAACUUAUGGUUGAAGUUUUGAGUCCUGAAGAAGAUCUGGGUGUUCGCUUAGCAGCAAGCGAUGCUUUAAAACUUGCGAUAGAUGAUUUUCAAUUUAAUCCGGAAGAAUUCUCGCCAUAUUUAGAACCAGCAUUCUCUUUAUUAUUUUCGCUCCUAAAAGAAGUAAAAGAAUGUGAUACCAAGAUGUAUGUGUUAUACGUGUUAUCAUUUAUGAUUGAACAUGCUGGUAGUGAAAUAAACCCACUUGUUGGAGCCCUCAGUUCAUAUUUGCCAGCACUUUGGCAAGAAUGUGAAGAACAUAAUAUGCUAAGAUGUGCUAUAAUUUCAACACUUGUACAUCUGGAAAAGGCUUUAGGUUCUGAAAGCGUCCUUAUAGAACCACAAGUAGUAGGUGUUAUUGCAUUAAGUUGUGACGUCAAUCAAAAUUGUCACGUUUAUUUGUUAGAAGAUGGCUUGCGAUUACGGUCAGCUUUACUGCAAAAUGCAGCUGCACCAACAUUGGCUAUAACGGAACUGACUAAAAAUUUGCCUGCUGUAUUAGAAAAAUCAUUUGAACAUUUAAAAUUAUGUUUGUAUAUAGUUCAAGCAUAUGUAAUAUUAAGUCCCCAAGAAUUUUUAAGUCAAAGAGGAGCGAUUAUAAUCGAAACACUUAGGCCACUUUUAGGAGAUUUGAACUCGGAAGGAGUUGUAAUGAUAAUGACAGUGUUUGAAAUGUGUUUAUGUGCUUCACCUCGGCAAAGUGCAAAACUUAUUAAACCUGUUUUGAUAACUAUAUUUGAGAAGAUGGAUGUCGCAGUGAUAGAAGUCCUUCAACAAGCGGGUAGUCAGGAUCCCACUAUUUUGAAACCAGCUGAACAAACUCUAAAACAAUGGGAAACUGAAAGGGGAUUCUACACUGCGUUAUAUAAUGUGUUUUCUAAUCAUUCCUUGAGUAUCAAUAUUAGAUGGAUGGCUAUUUUAUGUUUCAAAAAUGGUGUUGAUAAAUAUUGGAGAAAAAAUGCUCCAAAUGGAAUUGCAGAUGACAAAAAGGAAUUUCUUAGACAACGUUUAAUAGUAAACUUUGAAGAACCUGUAAAUCAGUUAGCUAUCCAAUUGGCAGCUCUCAUUGCUAAAAUUGCAAGAUAUGAUUGGCCUAGAGAAUGGCGCUCAUUAAUUCCAACCUUAUUGGAUGUUAUAAGAGGACAAAAUCCUUUGGCCCAGCAUCGGGCACUGUUAAUAUUACAUCAUGUUGUUAAGUGUUUAGCCUCUAAACGUUUAGUUCCUGGCAGACGACUCUUCCAAGAAUUAACCAGUAGUGUGUUCAGUUUUAUUCUGAAUGUGUGGAAUACUUACACAGAAUCUUUUCUUAUAAUGGCAUCAAAUGGGGCAGACACAAAUCAGAUACAGGAAGCUUUGGAAAAAGCGUUACUUCUAUUGAGAAUUCUUAGAACACUUAUUGUAAAUGGGUUUAAUAAGCCUUCAGAAUCCCAUGAUGCUAUGUCAUUCUUGGAAAUUGUUUUUGAACGUGCAAGAACUUGUCUUGAAUGUCGAAAGACAUUAAUUUCAAGAGGUAUACAGAUGGAAGUAUGCGAUAAAUUUAUAAUUCAUUUAACUAAAGUAUUAAUAGGAGUAUUAGAAAUGCAUCCAUUUUGCUAUGUAGAACUAAUACCAACAUCAUUAGAAUUUUCUGUUUUUUAUUGUUUCACUGAAGCUGGUCAAGCCCUAGCUUUUGAAAGAUUUGUUAUACAGUGUUUAAAUUUAAUGAAAGGCAUUUUAUUAUCUACAUACUAUAAACCAGCUAAAGUUCUCAAAGAUACGAAAAAUCCUUUAACGUUGAGAGCAAAUCAAUUGAGACAAGAAUUUUUUACACCUGAAACAUUAGCAGAAAUUUGUUCAAGGCUGGUAACACAUUAUUUUCUUUUAACACCUGCUGAAUUGGAAUUAUGGGAUACAGAUCCAGAAAGUUUUGUUGUCGAUGAUGGCGGUGAAUCAUGGAAAUAUAGCUUAAGGCCUUGUACGGAGUGUCUGUUUGUAGUAAUUUUCCAUCAUUUUGGAGAAGUUCUUGUACCAGUUUUAGUUGAAUUAAUGCAAAGACAUCAUCAACCAGUUGACCCGAAUAAUUUGCAUGCUAUUCUAGUAAAAGAUGCAGUAUAUAAUGCAGUUGGUUUGGCUGCAUUUGAUUUAUACGAUGAGGUAAAUUUUGAUCAAUGGUUUUCAACUACCUUAAAAGAAGAGUUGAAAAUUCGAAGUAACAAUUAUAGAAUUAUUAGAAGACGAGUAUGUUGGCUUAUUGGGCGCUGGACAACUGUUAAGUUAAGUACAGAGUUAAGACCAGAAUUAUACAAACUUAUGGUUGAAGUUUUGAGUCCUGAAGAAGAUCUGGGUGUUCGCUUAGCAGCAAGCGAUGCUUUAAAACUUGCGAUAGAUGAUUUUCAAUUUAAUCCGGAAGAAUUCUCGCCAUAUUUAGAACCAGCAUUCUCUUUAUUAUUUUCGCUCCUAAAAGAAGUAAAAGAAUGUGAUACCAAGAUGUAUGUGUUAUACGUGUUAUCAUUUAUGAUUGAACAUGCUGGUAGUGAAAUAAACCCACUUGUUGGAGCCCUCAGUUCAUAUUUGCCAGCACUUUGGCAAGAAUGUGAAGAACAUAAUAUGCUAAGAUGUGCUAUAAUUUCAACACUUGUACAUCUGGAAAAGGCUUUAGGUUCUGAAAGCGUCCUUAUAGAACCACAAGUAGUAGGUGUUAUUGCAUUAAGUUGUGACGUCAAUCAAAAUUGUCACGUUUAUUUGUUAGAAGAUGGCUUGCGAUUACGGUCAGCUUUACUGCAAAAUGCAGCUGCACCAACAUUGGCUAUAACGGAACUGACUAAAAAUUUGCCUGCUGUAUUAGAAAAAUCAUUUGAACAUUUAAAAUUAUGUUUGUAUAUAGUUCAAGCAUAUGUAAUAUUAAGUCCCCAAGAAUUUUUAAGUCAAAGAGGAGCGAUUAUAAUCGAAACACUUAGGCCACUUUUAGGAGAUUUGAACUCGGAAGGAGUUGUAAUGAUAAUGACAGUGUUUGAAAUGUGUUUAUGUGCUUCACCUCGGCAAAGUGCAAAACUUAUUAAACCUGUUUUGAUAACUAUAUUUGAGAAGAUGGAUGUCGCAGUGAUAGAAGUCCUUCAACAAGCGGGUAGUCAGGAUCCCACUAUUUUGAAACCAGCUGAACAAACUCUAAAACAAUGGGAAACUGAAAGGGGAUUCUACACUGCGUUAUAUAAUGUGUUUUCUAAUCAUUCCUUGAGUAUCAAUAUUAGAUGGAUGGCUAUUUUAUGUUUCAAAAAUGGUGUUGAUAAAUAUUGGAGAAAAAAUGCUCCAAAUGGAAUUGCAGAUGACAAAAAGGAAUUUCUUAGACAACGUUUAAUAGUAAACUUUGAAGAACCUGUAAAUCAGUUAGCUAUCCAAUUGGCAGCUCUCAUUGCUAAAAUUGCAAGAUAUGAUUGGCCUAGAGAAUGGCGCUCAUUAAUUCCAACCUUAUUGGAUGUUAUAAGAGGACAAAAUCCUUUGGCCCAGCAUCGGGCACUGUUAAUAUUACAUCAUGUUGUUAAGUGUUUAGCCUCUAAACGUUUAGUUCCUGGCAGACGACUCUUCCAAGAAUUAACCAGUAGUGUGUUCAGUUUUAUUCUGAAUGUGUGGAAUACUUACACAGAAUCUUUUCUUAUAAUGGCAUCAAAUGGGGCAGACACAAAUCAGAUACAGGAAGCUUUGGAAAAAGCGUUACUUCUAUUGAGAAUUCUUAGAACACUUAUUGUAAAUGGGUUUAAUAAGCCUUCAGAAUCCCAUGAUGCUAUGUCAUUCUUGGAAAUUGUUUUUGAACGUGCAAGAACUUGUCUUGAAUGUCGAAAGACAUUAAUUUCAAGAGGUAUACAGAUGGAAGUAUGCGAUAAAUUUAUAAUUCAUUUAACUAAAGUAUUAAUAGGAGUAUUAGAAAUGCAUCCAUUUUGCUAUGUAGAACUAAUACCAACAUCAUUAGAAUUUUCUGUUUUUUAUUGUUUCACUGAAGCUGGUCAAGCCCUAGCUUUUGAAAGAUUUGUUAUACAGUGUUUAAAUUUAAUGAAAGGCAUUUUAUUAUCUACAUACUAUAAACCAGCUAAAGUUCUCAAAGAUACGAAAAAUCCUUUAACGUUGAGAGCAAAUCAAUUGAGACAAGAAUUUUUUACACCUGAAACAUUAGCAGAAAUUUGUUCAAGGCUGGUAACACAUUAUUUUCUUUUAACACCUGCUGAAUUGGAAUUAUGGGAUACAGAUCCAGAAAGUUUUGUUGUCGAUGAUGGCGGUGAAUCAUGGAAAUAUAGCUUAAGGCCUUGUACGGAGUGUCUGUUUGUAGUAAUUUUCCAUCAUUUUGGAGAAGUUCUUGUACCAGUUUUAGUUGAAUUAAUGCAAAGACAUCAUCAACCAGUUGACCCGAAUAAUUUGCAUGCUAUUCUAGUAAAAGAUGCAGUAUAUAAUGCAGUUGGUUUGGCUGCAUUUGAUUUAUACGAUGAGGUAAAUUUUGAUCAAUGGUUUUCAACUACCUUAAAAGAAGAGUUGAAAAUUCGAAGUAACAAUUAUAGAAUUAUUAGAAGACGAGUAUGUUGGCUUAUUGGGCGCUGGACAACUGUUAAGUUAAGUACAGAGUUAAGACCAGAAUUAUACAAACUUAUGGUUGAAGUUUUGAGUCCUGAAGAAGAUCUGGGUGUUCGCUUAGCAGCAAGCGAUGCUUUAAAACUUGCGAUAGAUGAUUUUCAAUUUAAUCCGGAAGAAUUCUCGCCAUAUUUAGAACCAGCAUUCUCUUUAUUAUUUUCGCUCCUAAAAGAAGUAAAAGAAUGUGAUACCAAGAUGUAUGUGUUAUACGUGUUAUCAUUUAUGAUUGAACGUGCUGGUAGUGAAAUAAACCCACUUGUUGGAGCCCUCAGUUCAUAUUUGCCAGCACUUUGGCAAGAAUGUGAAGAACAUAAUAUGCUAAGAUGUGCUAUAAUUUCAACACUUGUACAUCUGGAAAAGGCUUUAGGUUCUGAAAGCGUCCUUAUAGAACCACAAGUAGUAGGUGUUAUUGCAUUAAGUUGUGACGUCAAUCAAAAUUGUCACGUUUAUUUGUUAGAAGAUGGCUUGCGAUUACGGUCAGCUUUACUGCAAAAUGCAGCUGCACCAACAUUGGCUAUAACGGAACUGACUAAAAAUUUGCCUGCUGUAUUAGAAAAAUCAUUUGAACAUUUAAAAUUAUGUUUGUAUAUAGUUCAAGCAUAUGUAAUAUUAAUUCCCCAAGAAUUUUUAAGUCAAAGAGGAGCGAUUAUAAUCGAAACACUUAGGUCACUUUUAGGAGAUUUGAACUCGGAAGGAGUUGUAAUGAUAAUGACAGUGUUUGAAAUGUGUUUAUGUGCUUCACCUCGGCAAAGUGCAAAACUUAUUAAACCUGUUUUGAUAACUAUAUUUGAAUAAAGAUGCUCGGAGAGACCUACGAGAGGAACAAGAUCCAUGAGUCCAGGAUUGGCGCUGAUGACGGCUGCAAGCUGAAGGAGGAACUGGAGGCGAUUCGCAAGAAGGCCCAAGAGGAGUGGCAGAAGGAAUGGAACAGCUACAAAAAGGAGAAUGUCACGAAGAAAUUAAUACCGAGUGCGCUG